GCGAGCUGUGAGCUGUGCUGCCGCCGCCGCUGCCCUUUGAUCCCGACAUUAGUGUUAGGGGCUCGGAGACACAGAGCGCGGCCAUAGACACCGACGCACCGGCACUCAUUUAUUUAUACCUCCCAUCACACACGCGAGCAUAGGACACACACACACUCACACCUAUUAGAUCCGUUUCCAUUGAAGAAUAUUACGCUCGGGGACAAGCCAGGUGCACGACCAAAAAAUUAAAAAAAAAAAAAAAGGAAAAAAAAAAAAAGAAAGGAAAGAAAAGAAGAAAACCCCUCUUCUGGCUCCAGGAAACAAGCUUCAACCCAUUGCACACACCGGAGAGAAGGGGUUUCCCCCUGCCCGCCCGCGCGCCCCCCAACUACCUCCCCUCUCCUGCCAGUGUCUGCCUCUCUGCCCCCACGGGGGUUUAUUUGAUCUCACAUUAACCAAGGAGGAGAAUGUGAGAAAAGGGGGAAAAUGCCCAGGAGGAAGCAGGAGCAGCCCAAGCGCCUUCCCUCACAUAUUAGUAGGCAGGACGAGGCGGAGGGAGAACUCAGUGAAGGAGAACACUGGUAUGGGAACUCUUCAGAGACGCCGUCGGAAGCAUCCUAUGGAGAAGUCCAGGAGAACUAUAAGCUGUCCCUGGAGGACCGGAUCCAGGAGCAGUCCACUUCCCCCGACACCUCCUUGGGAAGCGGGACCCCCAGCAGUCACACGUUGGAGCUGGUGGCACUUGACGGUGAGGUCCUGCGAGACCCACUGCAGUGUCCAGAUCACCUCUCCCCCGGCGUGUCUUCUUUGUGUGAUGAUGAUCCCGCAGGCUCCACCAAGCCCUUGAGCAGUAACUUGAGGCGGCUGCUAGAGGCCGGGUCCCUCAAACUCGAUGCCACGGCCACGGCCAACGGCAGGGUGGAGUCCCCAGUCAACGUCGGCUCGAAGCUCUCCUUUUCCCCACCGUCCCACCAUGCCCAGCAGCUCAGCGUGCUGGCCAGGAAGCUGGCUGAGAAGCACGAACAGAAUGACCAAUACACUCCAAGUAAUCGUUUCCUAUGGAAUCAAGGUAAGUGGUUGCCAAACUCAACCACCACCUGCGGCUUGUCCCCGGAUUCAGCCAUCCUCAAACUGAAAGCUGCAGCCAAUGCUGUUCUGCAGGACAAAUCGCUGACCAGGACGGAGGAGACCAUGCGAUUUGAGUCCUUUUCCUCCCCUUUCAGCUCCCAGUCUGCCAGCUCCACCUUGGCAGCUUUAUCCAAGAAAGUCAGCGAGAGAAGCUUGACUCCUGGCCAGGAACACCCGCCCCCGGCCAGCUCUUUCCUUUCCUUGGCUUCCAUGACCUCCUCGGCGGCCCUUCUGAAAGAGGUCGCAGCAAGGGCUGCCGGGACCCUUCUGGCUGAGAAAUCAUCACUGGUGCCUGAGGACCCUCUCCCGCCACCGCCUUCAGAGAAGAAGCAAGACAAAGUGACCCCGCCGCCACCUCCGCCACCUCCGCCACCUCCGCCACAAUCCUUGGAAUUAUUGUUACUCCCAGUUCCUAAGGGAAGAGUGUCUAAACCCUCCAACUCAGCCUCAGAAGAGGAAAGCGGAAAGCCUUUCCAGUGCCCCAUAUGUGGUUUGGUUAUAAAAAGGAAGAGUUACUGGAAGCGGCACAUGGUGAUUCACACAGGUUUAAAAAGUCAUCAGUGUCCGCUCUGUCCAUUCCGGUGUGCUCGCAAGGACAAUCUCAAAUCCCACAUGAAGGUUCAUCAGCACCAGGACCGGGGAGAGACCUUUCAGUGCCAGCUCUGCCCUUUCACUUCCUCCCGUCACUUCAGCCUGAAACUCCACAUGCGUUGCCAUCAGCACUUCCUGAGGACAGAAGCCAAGGUGAAGGAGGAGAUCCCAGACCCCGAUGUCAAGGGAUCUCCCCACCUCAGUGACAGUACCUGCCUGGGGCAGCAAAGGGAAGGAGGAGGGACAGAGCUAGUGGGGACCAUGAUGAAGUCCAGCACUCCAGAGAGGACUAGCCAGGGUGGGGCUGGCGUCUCGCCUUUGCUGGUGAAGGAGGAGCCCAAGGAAGAUAAUGGCCUGCCAACCUCCUUUACUCUGAAUGCUACCGACAGGCCGGCCAACCACACGAAGCUGAGAGAGCCCUCCGAGUAUGCAGCCAACAGUGCGUCCGCAUUGUUCAGCCAGGACAUCUCUGUUAAGAUGGCGUCUGAUUUUCUCAUGAAGCUGUCAGCUGCAAAUCAGAAGGAGCCCAUGAAUCUUAAUUUUAAAGUGAAAGAGGAACCUAAGGAAGAGGAGGCUCUAAGUGCCACGUUGCCUCGGUCCAACUAUGUGUUCAGCCCAGAGUCUGAAGUGCCAGCCCCGAGCAUCUCUGAGGACACACUUAAGCCCCAGGAAGCAAAGGGCAACGUACUAAGGCGGGAUAUGUCAGUCAAAGCAGCAUCUGAACUUCUCAUGAAACUAUCAGCGGAAAGCUACAAGGACACUCAGCUGGUGAAGAUUAAAGAAGAACCCAUGGAGGUGGACAUCCAGGACCCGCAGGCCUCAGUAUCACCCAGCCGCAGUGUUGGCUAUAGCACUUUAAUUGGGCGAGAGAAAACUGAACCCUUACAGAAGAUGCCAGAAGGCAGAGUGCCCCCAGAGAGAAACCUCUUCAGUCAGGACAUCUCUGUGAAGAUGGCUUCCGAGCUUCUUUUUCAACUGUCAGAGAAGGUGAGCAAAGAACACACUCACAUGAAAGAAAACACCAUCCGGACGACCACCAGCCCUUUCUUUUCAGAAGAUACAUUUAGACAAUCACCAUUCACCUCCAAUUCAAAAGACCUGCUGCCCAGUGAAUCUGUGCUUCACGGAAGAAUAUCAGCUCCAGAAACAGAAAAGAUAGUCCUCGAGGCAGGAAAUGGGUUGCCCUCUUGGAAAUUCAAUGACCAGCUUUUUCCCUGUGACGUGUGUGGGAAAGUAUUUGGCCGACAGCAGACAUUGUCCCGACAUCUGUCUCUGCACACAGAGGAAAGAAAAUACAAAUGCCACUUGUGCCCCUAUGCUGCUAAGUGCCGUGCAAACCUGAACCAGCACCUGACCGUCCAUUCGGUGAAGCUGGUGAGUACGGACACCGAGGACAUCGUCAGCGCCGUCACCUCUGAAGGCAGUGAUGGGAAGAAGCACCCUUAUUAUUACAGCUGUCACGUGUGCGGAUUUGAGACGGAGCUCAACGUCCAGUUUGUCAGCCACAUGUCACUCCACGUCGACAAGGAGCAGUGGAUGUUUUCCAUCUGCUGUACGGCCUGCGACUUCGUCACCAUGGAGGAGACGGAGAUAAAGGCGCACAUCGGCACCAAGCACACAGGGGAAGACAGGAAGACCCCCAGUGAAUCAAACAGCCCCUCUUCAUCCUCCCUCUCAGCUCUGAGUGAUUCAGCCAACAGCAAAGACGAUUCAGACAGCUCCCAGAAAAACAAGAGCGGAAACAACCUGCUGGUCAUCUCUGUCAUGCCUGGGAGCCAGCCCUCACUGAAUAGUGAGGAAAAGCCAGAGAAAGGGUUCGAAUGCGUUUUUUGCAACUUUGUCUGCAAGACGAAGAACAUGUUUGAGCGCCAUCUGCAGAUCCACCUCAUCACCCGGAUGUUUGAGUGUGACGUGUGCCACAAGUUCAUGAAGACCCCCGAACAGCUGCUGGAGCAUAAGAAAUGCCACACUGUCCCCACCGGUGGGCUCAAGUGCCCAUUCUGCAUUUAUUCCACCAACCGCCCCGCCGCCAUGGAGUGCCACCUCAAGACCCACUACAAGAUGGAGUACAAGUGCCGGAUCUGCCAGACGGUGAAGGCCAACCAGCUAGAGCUGGAGACGCACACGCGCGAGCAUCGCCUCGGCAACCACUACAAGUGCGACCAGUGCGGCUACCUGUCCAAGACCGCCAACAAGCUCAUCGAGCACGUGCGCGUGCACACCGGGGAGCGGCCCUUCCACUGUGACCAGUGCAGCUACAGCUGCAAACGCAAGGACAAUCUCAACCUGCACAAGAAGCUGAAGCACGCCCCGCGCCAGACCUUCAGCUGCGAAGAGUGCCUGUUCAAGACCACUCACCCCUUCGUCUUCAGCCGCCACGUCAAGAAGCACCAGAGCGCGGACAGCCCCGAGGAGGACAAGAAGGGCCCGGCUCCGGCCCCCAAGGAAGCCGCCGGCCCCGGGGCCCCGCUCCUCGUGGUCGGCAGCGCCCGCCACCUCCUGUCUCCCCUGUCGGUCAUGUCCGCCUCCCAGGCUCUGCAGACCGUGGCCCUGUCGGCCGCCCACGGCGGUGUCGGCGGCGGCGGUGGCGCCGGCGGCUCCGAGCCCAACCUGGCACUCAAGGCCUUGCCCUUGAAUGGCUCCCCCUUGCGCUUUGACAAGUACCGGAACUCGGAUUUCGCCCAUCUCAUUCCCUUGACGAUGUUAUACCCCAAGAACCAGUUGGAACUCACAUUCCACCCUCCCCGACCUCAGACUGCGCCGCCCAGCAUCCCGUCCCCCAAACACUCCUUCCUCGCCUAUCUCGGACUGAGGGAGAGAGCGGAGACUGUCUGAGGGCAGCCGGGCUCUGUACCAAAAACCAAGAGACAGAGACAAAAACACAAAACUCACAGAACUUAAACACAACCCCAGCAGGUGUACGUUGCUGCAAAACCUACAGACCCGCCCAGGUCUGACCACGUGUACUGUAUAUCUUUAGUGAGGAAUAGAGAAUUGGCUCUGUGUGUAUACCUAUUGCAUUGACCUGAAAGCUGCUUUAUCCAAUCUUCAGAGAGGUGACCUACUGCAUCCGUCUACCUUCAAAGGCAUGCCUCCCCAGCCACACACUCCCACCCUCAGCCCUUCUCCGUACUUUGAAAGGAAAUUCGUCUUGUUAAACCCUAAAGAGAGUGUCCUUAAUAGCAAUCAGCACUCGUAAGCUUCUGUACCGGUGCAUUUUGUUUUCUGUUGCGUGAAUGGGGCGUGUGGGCGUUUGUGGAUUUGGAAAGAGACAGCCGUGUGUCGUGUGCCAUAACAUUUGCACAUUCUUCGUACUGGCUUCUUUCACAGGGAUGAACGUUCUUUGCCCUCCUGGGUUGUUCAUCCACGACAGUCGCUCCCCGAGCUCCUUCAUUACCUUUCCCUCUCUAUUUUGUGGCUACAGAGUGGUAGGGCCUGGUGCUUAGGCGAUGAAGGAAUGGUAGACAUCUCAGUGCUGCCUGAGAUUUCCGACAGAGUCCUGGAGACCUUGUGCUCGCAUCUCUGGUUAUGAAGAUGCGAGCAGUUGAGAGCCCCAUCUGGAAGAAAUAGCUUGCAGCACUGCAGCCAACAUCACAACACUUAAGUGUGUUUUGUGUGUGUGUCCAUACGUAUGCAGUGUGUAUGGUACACACACACAGUGCAUCAUUUUUUUAAGGGCAGAUUAUAUAUAUAUAUGUAUGUGAUGUAUUAAGUCAGUGGUUAC